CAGCGCUCUAGAGCCCGUAGCCAUGCCUUGGAUCGACAAAAUCAUAGCAUUUGGUCUAGGCGUGGUCGCAGCUCGUGCAUCUAGGAAAUCACAUCAAAUAGAGCACGCUAUUGCGUUGACAAUAGCACGUACCCUGGAAGAGAAGAACGCAUCUACAAGGAUAGGUAUCUAUCUACAAGACCCAGGCUAUACAUCUGCCUGCAAAGAGGCCCUUUCCCUAAUGGGUUUCCAAGUUAUCGGCGGCCAUGGCGCCCAUGGGUUCACAAUGAUCAACGAACAUACGUUUGUAAUGAGCCACAACGCGCCUAUACCGAUCCGAGAGAUUGUUGCUGACAUUGCGCGACCCGCAGCUAUGUAUUGGAAGCCCGAACUCGCAGAUGAAGAGCUCGAUAUAGACCCGGAUUUGAGGGUAUCUUUAGGGGAUAUAGAUUCUGUCCGGACUAGAAGAAUGAUGGUUGAGUAUGACCCUAUCCCAAUCCCAGGAGCGAGUAUAGGUCAACAUCCAUACUAUGAUUUUGCUAGUAGGUUAGGUAGACGGGGUAUCGCCGGCGAGCCUUUUGGAAACAGCGCGCUGUACGUCAAGAAGCCCUCUUGGCGUUUUAAAAGAGCCUAGUCUAAAACUGGUAAGUUUCUAUCGUGUUCGAUUUACCGUCUAUGUUCGCGUGAUGCAUAUAUGUAAGUGACAAAUUGAGAAAAAAAUG